ACUUUUAUCUUGACAAUGGCCGCAGAAGGUCUAUUCUCCUUCGCCAUCCUUUGCUUUGCUAGUUAUUGUGCUUCAGCACAAGAAGCGGUAAAUUUGGGUGACAUUCCUAUUGAAAACCCAGAUUUAUUUGGCGGUGAUAUCCUCGGAGUUGAUGACCAUGAGGAUCGUAAUGCCGUUGUUGAUAGCAGACAGAUAUGGCCUGGAGGAAUUGUGCCUUAUGUAAGAGAUCCUGGACUAAAAGAAACGGUGUUCGACUUCAUUAUGCGAGGAGCAUUCGAUGAGUAUAAGAAGAAAACAUGCAUUAGAUUCAUCCCUAGAACGACGGAAAAGGAUUAUAUUAGGAUAUUUCCUGGACAGGGGUGCUAUUCUCAUGUCGGAAAGACAGGAAAUCAACAACCAGUGUCCUUAGGCCAAGGAUGUGGAUGGACAGGAACAGUUAUCCAUGAACUCGGGCAUGCCAUUGGAUUCUACCACGAGCAGAACAGAUCAGAUAGAGAUGACUGGUUGAUUAUCUACUGGGAAAACGUGAAAGAAGGAAUGGCGGAUCAGUUUUUCAAGCUGAAACCUAAUCAGAACCAACUUUUGACACCAUUCGACUACGAUUCAGUCAUGUUAUAUGGCUCCUACACUUUCUCUAAAGACCGGAAGAACCUGAAGACGAUGGUAGGGAAAGAUGGUCGAUUUUUACAAGAAGUUACUUUUAAAAAAGGACUCAGUCCAAGCGAUGUGAUAAGGAUAAAGAAACUUUACAAAUGUCAAGAUUAGAAGUUUUCGUUUAUAUCUUACAAUUCUAGAUACUGGAAUUAUAUAGAAUUCAAUAAAUUUAUGCCCCUAAAAA